AAGGAGAGAGAGAGAGAGAGAGAGAGAGCGCAGGUGACAAAGCUGAAGAGAAGCGCCAGUUUCGACUCACAUCAUUUCACCGCUCUUAGCUGGUCAGAGCGUCGCCUCCGGUCGGGAAAUACACCUUUUCAGUGGCUGCAAGAUCUCUUCUAGUUCUGUUCCUCUGGUUUUGUUACAGUCGCCGCAGUUUUGGAAGAGUGAUUGUGUACUUCGAAAGACACGUUGGUCAUGGAGAGUUUGGUGCUUCUGGGGAAAUUGAGAGUCCAGUAACCGGGCCGUGUUUGUGUCCAGCCAUUGCCGUGUGGAUAUAGUAGCAGGUAGAGCAAAACAAACAGAAAACACUGCCUCGUUUAUGGAUUAAAAACGUGGCGAAAACGCGAUUUUAUUUAUGUUCAUCAGCGUCUAUAAAUACGCAGGAUUUCCUGUGAAAUCGUACAUGGGAACUUCUGAGGACGAGAAAACGCGUUCGCCCGCGGUACCAUUGCUUGCUUGUGAAUGUAUGUGUUGGUAAGUGUUUCCACAAGUUUAUACCCACGCCUCUCUAACAAAAAGAAAAGCAAUCAAAAAAAGGUACUUAUUAUUUGGACUGCUUCAGCUCGUGGUAAAUUCUCUCCUACAUCCCUCAUUUCCAUGCCCUUCAUGCCCAUCUACUGUACAAGCAGCACUUAGAGGUCGGACCUUCGAGCUCUUGUUUCUUUUUUUUACCCCACCGUGGAUUGCGACUGUUUCAGGCUCAUAUAGAACUUUGGGAUACAUAUAAGUGCACUUUGCUUUGGAAUUUAAAUUCCAAUUACACCGAUUCCAGGAGGCACACCUCCACCACACGGACCACUUCACUGAGUAGCUGCUCUUUAAGGAUGCUCUUCAGAAACAGACUAUCAUUCUUUGGCUGGGUCAGAGCCAUGGACACGCGACAUGGAGUGGUUGCAAUCACUUUCCUGGCCUUCUUCAUGCAAGUAGUGGUGGAGGCUACCUCAUGGUGGUCUCUGGCUAUGAAUCCAUUGCUGAUUCCUGAGGCUUACAUCAUAGGCGCACAGCCGCUGUGCAGUCAGUUGUCAGGCUUGUCUAAAGGCCAGAAGAAGUUGUGCCAGCUGUACCAGGACCACAUGCAGUACAUUGGUGAGGGCGCGAAGACGGGGAUCCGUGAGUGCCAGUACCAGUUCCGCCACCGACGCUGGAACUGCAGCACAGUAGAUAAUUCUUCAGUGUUUGGCCGUGUCAUGCAGAUUGGGAGCCGAGAAGCAGCAUUUACCUACGCAAUAAGCGCAGCAGGUGUUGUGAAUGCAGUAAGUCGGGCAUGCAGGGAGGGCGAGUUGUCAAGCUGUGGCUGCAGUAGGGCAGCUCGGCCCAAAGAUCUUCCACGAGACUGGCUUUGGGGAGGUUGUGGAGACAACCUUAACUACGGCUACCGCUUCAGCAAAGAGUUUGUGGAUGCCCGAGAACGAGAAAAGACCUAUGAGAAAGCCUCCACGGAAAGUGCACGGCUCUUGAUGAAUCUCCAUAACAAUGAAGCAGGACGGAGGAUGGUUUCUGACCUGGCUCACGUAUCAUGCAAGUGCCACGGCGUGUCGGGUUCAUGCAGCCUGAAGACCUGCUGGCUCCAGCUGGCUGAUUUCCGCAAAGUGGGUGAUGCACUGAAAGAGAAGUAUGACAGCGCAGCAGCCAUGAAAAUUAAUGCACGUGGCAAGCUGGUGCAGGUGCAUUCUAAGUUCAACCCACCCACCAGCCAUGACCUGGUGUAUGUGGAACCAAGCCCAGACUACUGCGUACAGAACCACAGCACUGGCUCACUGGGCACACAAGGGCGUCUCUGCAACAAGACCUCUGAGGGCAUGGACGGUUGCGCGCUUAUGUGUUGUGGCCGUGGCUAUGACCAAUUCAAGGCCACGCUUGUCGAGCGCUGCCACUGCAAGUUCCACUGGUGCUGCUAUGUCAAAUGCAAGCGUUGCACAAGGGUCGUUGAUCAAUUUGUGUGCAAGUAGCCUGCUGCCAGUUUGGAAAAAAAGUGUUGUGCGCAAGUAGGAUCCUUUUUCCCAAAAGAAGAUGGGAGAACUUUUGGCAAAGCUGGGGAAUGGAAAGGGGGAAAAAAACUAUAUAAAUUAUAUUUAUAGAGUCAAAACAAUUAUACUGUUUUAGAAAAGACUGACCUCAUUGUGUGUGUUUUUUACAUUCUCAAAGCAAUAGGUACAAGAAGUUUAAAGAAACAGAGUAUUUAUUUUCUGUGAUUUGUCUUUUGUUGUUUUUCCCCGUUUUUUUAAAUGUGGAAUUUGUCACAGUAAGUGCAAUCGGACUACCUGGACAAAAGUAAAAUUUUCUGAUUAUCCACAAAAGGGUAAAUUAUUUAAUUUUGGCCCUUUAAGAGGUUUAAGUGCCACAAUGGCAUUAUACUCAACCCCACAAAGUGACAAGUAAUGCGGUGUCAUACUGUUUCAUUUCAGUCUCAACCACUGUCUGCCUGUGUUUGUAUAUCACUAAGAGUGGAUAUAUUAUGGUGAUUGUGUGCUGCAUGGAUAAGCUGAUUGAUGUGUCUUAAACCCAAGCACACUUAAGCUUUACAAGCUACCCCUGUUAUAGAUCAGCAGGUCUUUACAAUAACCUGGUGCAAAGAACUGCUUUACAUUUCAGCUUCAGGGUGUUGCUAUAAGUGAAGUGUGGAACUAUUACAUGUUUAUUUUACACAGAUUUCUGCACGGAGUGACCAUGCAACUGAAGCUGUCUGACAAGAGCAGCCUGCAAAAAAAUGUCACUCAUGCUUUAAGUUCUAUGCACCUGUUUUCUAGUGGCACAUAUGGUAAAGGUGCUGCAACUUGAGCCACGUAAGAAAGCAGGCCAUAGUUUUGGGACAAAAAGCACUUUGGGAAGCUGGGAGUCUACAUGGUUGAGUAUGAAAAUGUAUAGGCUUUGUUUAGAGUGUGAACAAUGCACAAUGGUGGUGCUGACUUAAGAUAAGGGAUUGACACUGGGAAAUGGCUAAAAUGUAACUGUUUAAAAUGUUCUUUACACUUGUUUAUUCUUGAAAGGCACAUCCAUGUUGGCACCUAUGCCCAUCUGACAAACAUGCCUUUUUCGAAAUAUUCAUCAUUUUGGGAUUUCUUGUCAUAAACUUUCAUUUAACUACUAUACAGUUACCACUAGUUAUUCAUUAUUGCAUUUUAUCAUUACUACUAUAAUUCAAUCAUUAUAAGUUCAACCAGUAUAUUUAUUAGCUGACAAACAUUGAGGCUUUUAAAGGUAUUUCUUGUGACUGACUUUUUUUAUAUAUAUAUAUAUAUUUUCUUUUUAAAUCAAACUGUUAAUGUGCUUUAAUAAAUUUUAAAUAUUAACAAAGUCAAGCAUCUGAAACAAACCAUUGAAUCAUUGAACCAGCAUGUAUUUCUAUACUAUGCAACAACAUGCCACCUUAAAAGUGUGUAUGUGUAUUAUGAGAUAAAUAGUUCUAUGUUUGUACAGAAAUUUAUAAAGGUAAGAUCUGUAUUUUUAUAUUUUGUCAUCCUGAGCAUUUAAACUCUUCAUACAAUAUGAGAAGAUUAUUCUUAGUCAAAAAAUGCAAGUCUUUGAACAAAUAAAACAAA